GCCACGUGACGCCGAGCCGGGCCGGGGCCGGCGGCGCGGGGAGCCCGGGAGGCGGCGGCGGGGGGCGCGCGGGCCGGGCCGUCGGGGCGCCCCAUGCCAUGGAGAAGCUGGCGGCCGGGCUGGCCGGGCUGCGCUGGAGCAUGGGCGCCUUCCCGCUGGACCUCAUCGUCAGCCGCUGCCGCCUGCCCACGCUCGCCUGCCUCGGGCCAGGGGAGUAUGCCGAGGGCGUCAGUGAGCGUGACAUCCUGCUCAUCCACUCCUGCCGCCAGUGGACCACCGUGACGGCCCACACGCUGGAGGAGGGCCACUACGUCAUCGGGCCCAAGAUCGACAUCCCCCUGCAGUACCCAGGGAAGUUCAAGCUGCUGGAGCAGGCCCGGGACGUGCGGGAGCCGGUGCGGUACUUCAGCAGCGUGGAGGAGGUGGCCAGCGUCUUCCCAGACCGCAUCUUUGUGAUGGAGGCCAUCACGUUCAGCGUCAAGGUGGUGUCCGGCGAGUUCAGCGAGGACAGCGAGGUGUACAACUUCACGCUGCACGCGGGCGACGAGCUCACGCUCAUGGGCCAGGCGGAGAUCCUGUGCGCCAAGAGCACCAAGGAGCGCUCGCGCUUCACCACGCUGUUGCGCAAGCUGGGCCGGGCCGGGGCGCUGGCGGGCAUGGGGGGUGGCGGCCCCGGGGCCCCGGGGACCGCGGGCGGCAGCGGCGGCGGCGGCGGUGGCGGCGGCGGCAGCAGCGCGCGGUCCCUCAAAGGCAAGAUGCCCUGCCUCAUCUGCAUGAACCACCGCACCAACGAGAGCCUGAGCCUGCCCUUCCAGUGCCAGGGCCGCUUCAGCACGCGCAGCCCGCUGGAACUGCAGAUGCAGGAGGGCGAGCACACGGUGCGGGCCAUCAUCGAGCGCGUGCGGCUGCCGGUGAACGUGCUGGUGCCCAGCCGGCCGCCGCGCAACCCCUACGACCUGCACCCGGUGCGGGAGGGUCACUGCUACAAGCUGGUGAGCAUCAUCUCCAAGACCGUGGUGCUGGGGCUGGCGCUGCGCCGCGAGGGCCCCGCGCCGCUGCACUUCCUGCUGCUCACCGACACGCCGCGCUUCGCGCUGCCACAGGGCCUGCUGGCCGGGGACCCGCGCGUCGAGCGCCUGGUGCGCGACAGUGCGUCCUACUGCCGCGAGCGCUUCGACCCCGACGAGUACUCGACGGCCGUGCGCGAGGCGCCCGCCGAGCUGGCCGAUGACGGCGCCAGCCCGCGCCGCGCGCGCCUCUGCCUGCCCGCGCCCCCGCGCGCGCCUCUGCCUGCCCGCGCCCCCGGCCCGCCAGGCGACGGCGACCAGGACUACGUGAGCCCCGACUGGGCCGCCGCGCCCGAGCCCGCCGCACCGCCUGCCGAGAUCCCCUACGAGGAGCUGUGGGCGCACCAGGCAGCCGACGGCCCGGCCGAGGGUCGCUCCCGGCCGCCCCCGGGGCCCGAUCUCAUCUCCUUCGGGGCCGGGCCGCCCCAUCUGGAGCCCGAGGCGCCGCCCCCUCCCGUCCCCCCCAAAUCCGAAGCGGUGAAGGAAGAGUGUCGCCUGCUCAACGCCCCGCCGGUGCCCCCGAGAGGCGGCAAUGGCAGCGGCUGGCUGGCGGGCAGCCCUCCGGUGCCCCCGCGCUUCCCCAAGCUGCAGCCUGUCCACUCCCCCAGCUCCAGCCUCUCCUACUACUGCUCUGGCCUCCAGGAUGGGGUGGGCGCCCGCAGCGGCAGCGGCUCGCCCUCGCCCGAUGCCUACUCGCUCUACUGCUACCCCUGCACCUGGGGAGACUGCAAGGCCGGCGAGUCCUCCAGCCGCCCGGGUCCCGGAACGCUGCCUUCCACCACGCAGCCCGGCCAGGCCACCAGGGCCCUGGCAGAGCCCCCGAGCAGCCGACCGGCCUCCCUCCUGGGCGCCGACACCCCUGUCAAGACCUACCACAGCUGCCCGCCUCUGUUCAAGUCCUCGCACCCCCAGAAACGCUUUGCUCCGUUUGGUGCGCUUAACCCCUUUUCGGGGCCCGUUACCACCUCGGGGGCCCCAACUGCCUCCAACCCCGCGUAUUCCCCAGGCCCAGGCUCGUCGGGCCAGGCCUACUGCGCGGCUCCGGCCUCCUGCCCCACCUCAUCCUCGUCCUCCUCCGAGUGGCAGGAGCCUGUCCUGGAACCCUUGGAUCCCUUUGAACUGGGCCAGGGCAGUCCCCCAGAGCCUGACCUGCUGCGCGGUCCGGAGCCCAGGGCUGUGGGGGCGCCUGGACCCGGGCCCCGCCUUUCACCACUUGGACCCCCCAAGGCCUUUGAGCCAGAAGGUUUGGUGCUGCGGCAAGUCCCUGCUCCCUUGUCACCAGCAGCCCUGCAGGGGCCCGAGGCCGGGAGUGGCUCCCGCCUCCUCCUUCCGCCAGGGCGCCUGGAGGGGCCUCCUGCCAGUCCCCGGGAUGGGGCCGUGUCCUGGCAGCCCCCCGCCGACCUGUCGGCGCUCUCCCUGGAGGAGGUGUCCCGCAGCCUGCGUUUCAUCGGGCUCUCGGAGGACGUAGUCAGCUUCUUCGCCCGGGAACGCAUCGACGGCAGCAUCUUCGUACAGCUCAGUGAAGACAUCCUGGCAGACGACUUCCGCCUCACCAAACUGCAGGUCAAGAAGAUCAUGCAGUUCAUCAAAGGCUGGCGCCCCAAGAUCUGAGGUGCCCCCAGGCAGCCGCACUGCUGGCAGGAGGCCUGGCUGGCCCCAGCUCUGCACCCGAGGCUGGAGUAGUAGCGUCACCAGAGCCCAGGCUGUUGGGACAUGGUAGGGGUGGAGGCCGUCCCGGGCCAGACCCCUGCCAGGUGCGCCUUAUCUUUGAGCGAGGCCGGGACCGGAAGCACCGCUGCCCGUGUCCCUGGGCCUGAUGAUGCCUUUGCCCUC